AUGUUUCAACACAUUGGAAUUCGUACAAGGCGCUUACAUUUUCAGAACCUCUCUUUCGUCCUCGAGGGCAUUCACAAGGUCAAGUAUGAAGACCGUCCAGUGCCCGAACUCAAAGACCCCCACGAUGUGGUCAUCAACGUCAAAUUCACCGGUAUUUGCGGCAGCGAUGUCCACUACUGGGAGCACGGCGCAAUUGGCAACUUUGUUGUGAAAGACCCCAUGGUCCUGGGCCACGAGUCCGCAGGUAUCAUCAGCCAAGUCGGAUCGGCCGUCAAGACCCUGAAAGUAGGCGACCGCGUCGCCAUGGAACCCGGCAUUUCAUGCCGCCGCUGCGAGCCCUGCAAGGCAGGCAAAUACAACCUGUGCGAAAACAUGCGCUUCGCCGCCACCCCACCUUAUGACGGCACCCUCGCCAAAUACUACACCCUCCCCGAGGACUUCUGUUACAAGCUGCCUGAGCACCUGUCAUUGCAGGAGGGCGCACUCAUGGAACCACUCAGUGUUGCCGUGCACAUUGUCCGACAGGCGGGCGUGAGUCCCGGACAGACUGUUGUUGUAUUUGGUGCUGGACCUGUUGGUCUGCUUUGCUGUGCUGUUGCGACUUCGUUCGGCGCGGCAAAGGUCAUUGCAGUGGAUAUUCAGGAACAGCGAUUGGAUUUCGCGAAGGGGUAUGCGACUACGUCUACUUUCAUGCCGGGUAAGGUUGCUGCGACGGAAAAUGCGGAGCGUCUUAAGGCUGAGAAUGGUCUUGGUGCUGGCGCGGAUGUGGCUAUUGACGCUUCUGGCGCUGAGCCCUCUGUUCACACUGGUAUUCAUGUUCUUCGGAACGGCGGUACCUAUGUCCAGGGUGGUAUGGGACGCAGCGAGAUUCAGUUCCCUAUCAUGGCUGCUUGCUCAAAGGAGCUGAAUAUUAAGGGUAGCUUCCGGUAUGGAAGUGGUGAUUACAAGCUUGCUGUUGGCUUGGUUGCGUCUGGAAAGGUGGAUGUCAAGAAGCUCAUUACUGGCACUGUCAAGUUCGAGCAGGCAGAGCAGGCAUUCAUUGAGGUUAAGGCUGGCAAGGGCAUCAAGACCCUGAUUGCUGGUAUUGAUGAGUAA